AUGUCGGUUUCCAACCCCAUCAAACCGAACCCAGACAGCCAGCCGAUUCCUCUCGUCACAAUCCCGGAGAGCACCUACAUAGCUGACCUUGCAGAAAAUGCCUAUGAGAAGGGUAGCACCGCAUUCUUGAGACUUAAGGCCUUGGCAAGAGUGAGGGAUGUUGUGCUUAGACCCGGAAAGCUAAGCAAGGACAUUGUCUGGAACAGGAUAGCCAAUCAUGAGGCUAUCCUGGGGCACACCAGAGGGAAACUGCAAGAAAGUCCAUGCCGUACCUGUAUACAGAAGAUUGGACCCUUUGCAGACUGCGUCUCUGUUACCGGAGAAUUUCUUGGUUCUUGCACAAACUGUCACUACAAUAGCUGUGGGAAGAGGUGCUCUUUUCGCCUUCCUACUCAAACCCCUGGUUGUAAGUACUUGCAAACUCUCGUAUUCCUUCGGAUCCGAUUAAGCUCACCGUUUGCGACCAUCAGCGGCGAAAAGAAAGCGCUCCCUAUCAGAUGCCUCAUUUGUAGAAUCCGAAAACGCCUGCGAACCGGCUGCAAAGAGCGUCAAGAGCAGAAAGGAGAAUAGGGCCCAGGACUUUGCCAUUCACUGGGACGGAUUGUCUGGAAUUAUUAGGGAUUUGAUCACCGAGAAGAUUUUUGGGGUUGGGGCUUGA